AUGUCCUGCCGUGCGCAACUGACCAUCGGCGUCGACGUGGGGACGCAGAGCGUCAAAGCCGUGGUGUAUGACGUCGACUCCCGCGCCGUCGUCGCCCGCGGCUCCUCGGACCCCCUGGACGUGGCGACCGACGGCGUGCCGGGUCGCGCGGAACAGAGGCCCGAGGAUUGGAUGGUGGCGCUGAAGCAGGCGGUGGGCCGGGCGUGCGAGGGAGUGGACGCCGCGCAGGUGGGAGCGUUCGGGGUCAGCGGGCAGCAGCACGGGCUGGUGGUGCUGGGCGCGGACAAGGCAGUCCUGCGCCCCGCGAAACUGUGGUGCGACGUCGAGGCCGCGAAGGAGGCGGAGGAGCUCUCCCGGGAGUUCGGGUGGCCGCUGCUGGCGAGCUUCACAGCGCCGAAGCUGCUCUGGCUGAAGCACGCGGAGCCGGAGACGUACGCGUCGGUGCGGCACGUGCUGCUCCCGCACGACUGGGUCAACUUCAGGCUGACGGGCGAGCUGGCGAUGGAGUGCGGCGACGCGUCCGGCACGGGCCUCCUGGACAUCAACACGCGCUCGUGGAACCAGGCGUGGCUCGACGUCAUCGACCCGCGCCUGUCCAGCUGGCUGCCCGCUGUGUCUGACGGCGGCGACGCACCGAUUGGCAAACUGCGCCCAGACAUGGCGGAGUACCUCGGCCUGCCGACAGGGAUCGCGGUGUCGAAGGGCAGCGGCGACAACAUGUGCUCCGCGCUCGGCGUCGGCGCCGUUGAGGAGGGGCGAUGGGUGUGCAGCCUGGGAACGUCGGGGACGGUGUUCGGCUUCUCGAACGCGCUCGACAUCGACCAGACAGGAGCCGUGGCGCCCUUCUGCGACUGCACGGGCGGGUACCUCCCGCUCCUGUGCACGCUCAACUGCACUGGCCCGGUCAACGAGAUCUGCUCCCUCACGGGGAAGUCGCACGAGGAGCUCGCGCAGGAGGCCCUGGCUGCUCCUGUGGGGAAGCUGCUCAUGCUGCCUUACUUUGUGGGCGAGCGGACGCCGAACUGGCCUGGAUCGACCGGCGCUCUGCUUGGUAUCACGCCAGGCUCGCUCACGCCGGGAGGCCUGUACCGGGCGGCCAUCGAGGGCGCCACGCUGUCGCUGUUGUCGGGGCUCGGCCGCCUCAAAGAGGCGUCUCGGAGCGACAUCACGGAGCUCAUCGCCGUCGGAGGCGGAGCGAGGUCGGACCUCUGGUGCCAGACGCUUGCUGACGCGUUCGGCGUGCCCGUGGUGGCGCCUGCCGAGCCCGAGGCAGCUGCGUUCGGAGCGGCGCUGCAAGCAGCCGCGGCGCUGCUCGGCGCGGAGACCAGGUCCUACGUGCGCGAGGUCACAUCCGCGGCCGAGGGGGGUCGCCGGUUCGUGCCUGACGCCGCGAAGAAGGCCCUGUACGAGGACGCACUACAGAGGUUCGAAAAGAGCGGGGCGAAGCUCUUCGCGUAG